CCCCGAGUCCUUCUCCUCUCUCCCUCUUUCUCCUCCCAGCCCGAGCGACACGGCGAAGACGCAAGCCACCCAAGCCAAGCGGACUCGGAGCCGAGCGGACCGAGCUAGGGUCUGCCGCCGCCGCCCCCCACGAGGCUCCUCCUCUUGAGGCCGUCAACCCUGGCCAAUUGGGAUGGAACUGGUGGGAUCGCUGCUGGUGAACAUGACCCGCUGGGUUGAUCCUUCCGGGAUUGAGUUCUUCGGGUGGCUCAUCACCGUCGGCUCCUUUGGCCUGGCGGCGCUCAUCUACGGUCUCCUCAGGCUGCAGAGGGAGGCGUCGCUCUACUGGCUCAAGGCGUCCGCCAGGGAGAAGAAGGCCGCGUCAAAGGUUCAGCGAUGCCCCUGCUCGAGCCAUAGCUGGACUGAGGACUGCUUCCGAGGUGGCCAGCCUUCGACGUGCUGCGUGUGCCUGUCGUCGCUAGGCUCCGCUCAGGGCGUGGGAUCCAAGGGCCCUGAUGCUGAUGUGGUUCACCGGUGCUCUGUGUGCGGAGUGGCAGCUCAUUGGUACUGCUCGCGGGGUGCUGACAACGACUGCAAGUGCGUCGCGCAGGCUGGUGCUUCCACUUUGCUGCAUCACUGGUCGGAGAGGUGGGUGGAGAUGGAUGACAACCCGGAGAUAUCCACCUUCUGUUAUUACUGUGAGGAGCCCUGUGGUGUGCCAUUCCUAGGUGUAUCUCCUAUCUGGCGCUGCCUCUGGUGCCAGAGGCAGAUCCAUGUUGAUUGUCAUGCAAAGCUGCUGAAAGAAACGGGGAACACCUGUGAUCUUGGCCUCCUCAGGAGACUUAUUGUUCCUCCUCUGUCGGUGAAAGAAGUUGGUGAAGCUCAGGCAAUCAGUGGAGUGUUCAACUCAUUCAAAGAAGGCUUUGUCACUUCUAGGGGUCGGAUUAAAAGGCAACGCAACAAGAAGCGCAUGAACAAUCAACCAGGUGUUAAGACAAAUCCGACUCCUGCAGACAGUUCAAUCCUUGACUCAGUUCUUGAAGUAUUUGCCAAACUUCAGAACCUGAAUGAAAAGGAUGCACUCGCAAAUCCCAAGUUAUCUAGAAACUCUCUCAAGGAAACACAUGGAUCUGACAUUCCCAAUGGAGGAAAAAAGAAGUAUGAGCUUGUAAAUUUGCCACAAGAUUCAAGGCCGCUGCUUGUUUUCAUCAACGGCAAGAGUGGGGGCCGAAAUGGGCCUUCUCUUAGAAGAAGACUUAACAUGCUGCUGAAUCCCAUACAGAUAUUUGAGCUAAGUGCUUCUCAAGGACCUGAAGUUGGAUUGCAACUAUUCCACAAUGUAAAACACUUCAGGAUCCUUGUUUGCGGUGGGGAUGGAACUGUAGCAUGGGUCCUUGAUGCCAUAGAAAAGCAGAACUAUGAAUCUCCUCCCCCUGUUGCCAUUCUCCCACUAGGAACAGGAAAUGACCUUUCACGUGUUACACGCUGGGGUGGAGGUUUGUCUUCUGUUGAAGGACAAGGGGGAAUAUGUGCACUUCUAAAUGACGUUGAUCAUGCAGCAGUGACAGUGCUUGAUCGCUGGAAUGUAGCGAUCGAAGAGAAGAAUGGAGCACAAGGUCAAUGCACCAAGCAAGUAAAAUUUAUGACUAAUUAUUUAGGUGUUGGAUGUGAUGCCAAGGUUGCAUAUGACUUCCACACUACCAGGGAGGAAAGCCCAGAUAAAUUUUCCAGUCAGUUCGUGAACAAGCUGUUAUACGCUAGAGAAGGCGCUAAGGAUAUGAUGGAUAGGUCGUGUUCUGAUUUACCAUGGCAUGUUAGCCUUGAGGUUGAUGGAAAGAACAUUGAAAUUCCAGAGGAUACAGAAGGUGUGAUCGUUCUGAAUAUUGCUAGCUACAUGGGUGGUGUUGAUCUUUGGCAAAAUGACAAUGAACAUGAUGACGAUUUCAUUUCACAAUCAAUGCACGACAAAAUGCUUGAGGUGGUUUGUAUAUCUGGGACAUGGCAUCUAGGCAAAUUGCAGGUAGGGCUUUCGAGAGCCCACCGGCUAGCCCAAGGGAAAGUUAUAAGAUUUCACCUCCACAGCUCAUUCCCUGUUCAGGUUGAUGGGGAACCAUGGAUCCAGCCACCUGGGUGCCUUGAGAUAUCUCAUCGUGGACAGAUGUUCAUGUUGAGGAGGACAUCUGAAGAGCCCACUGGGCAUGCCGCGGCCAUCAUGAGUGAUGUCCUCGUGAAUGCAGAGUGCAACGGUGUAAUUGAUGCUGCUCAGAAGAGAUUGCUCCUCCAUGAGAUAGCUCUCCGUUUAUCCUCCUGACACUCCAUAUAUAGCUGUCUCCCCUCAGAAAGCUAACAGCAUACUAUACUGUUGAUACCAAACCCUUUUGUGUCGAGAAGUCCCUUGGCACAGAUGAGAAAGGCAUACGGCCGGUAGAUGUUGAUGUAUACACCAAGGGAAUAGAAGGUUCCCCGCUUUCAUGAUUGAUGGUACCUUCCAGAGUUCAGAUAGGUUUGUCGCUUCUUUGUUGGCUGGGCUCAUCUGAAGUGGCUACCAAGGUGAGAUAGAAGAAUCCCAGUUCAGACAGAAUUUUGUAGAGCUUAGAGCACUGUAAUUGCAUAUAGGUCUCGGCAAGGCAUUGUAACUGCAAAUAGGGCUCUUGUAACUAGAGAGUGCGUCAAUGCGUGUAGUUUAAGUUUAAUCUCUUACUAUGUCACAAGCAUUGUGGAUUUUGCUACUUCCAGCGAGUGACUAAAAUUUUGGGUUGUGGUGAAGGAACUGAUGGUGAUAACUCUGCUGAUUUAUGUUCUUCCUGCAUGUUUCUA